ACUAAUCUAAUUUAAGGUAGGAUAGAAUAAAAGGCCUAGAACCCCCUAUCUAGUAUCCUAUGAAUACUCUCUACAAGUCUCUCCCGUUAGGCUAACUAGUCUCUCUCCUCUUACUCUAAUAUCUAAGACAGGCCAAGUAUCUUAAGAAACGGGUGAUAGCCCUAGGUAGUUGCUAAUCGAAAUCCACCCCUGUUAGCAGCCAUAUACGACCCCUAUGUAUGCUAGAGUUGUCUUCUAGGAUGGCAGAAUUAUGUAUUAUAGUUAUUAGAUAGAUAUGGCAUGCCUCUAGACUCCAAGGGAGGUUAGGAGCCCCCCAGGCUUGCGCCCGGAGGUGCCACGUGGCGUUAAGCAAUACAACAACAACGACCACGACAACAACAAACAUCCUUUCAGAAUCACGUAGGUGGGUGUUCUGUUACGAUGGGACUCGCGGACUUCCCAUCCUGGGUUACCCCCCUGGUUCAAUGCAUGUUGGUUCAAUCUCUCACAGGGCUAACGACGGGCUUUGCGCCGUCCCAGUCGUUUGCGCGGCCCGUCGUGGCUGCAAUUACCGCUCUGGUAGCGUAUCGACUGCUGCCACGCGGGAUCGGGGACUGUUUCGACGAGACCAGGUUCGCGGGGCCCGUGGUGGCCAUGUGCUGGGUGAACGUGUUGAAUGCGAUUGACUUGCUGGUGCUGAGCCGGGUGUCGUAUGAAGCGCAGGUGGAGUGGGAGGUAAAGCAAAGGAUGAAGAUGCAAAAGGCCCCCCCCCAGGUGGACGGGCGGGACUUGUUCGUCCACAGAUUGAUCUGGUCGCUUGGGAUCCCGUAUAACUAUCGCCGGAUCAACACCCCCUGGCAGAUCCAGCGACUUCCCAGCGUCGACAGUCGAGAUCCGCGGCGUGUGCCCUCGAGACGCUACUUCCUUCUCCACGGGGCCGCGAAGCUUUUCGUGUCCCUGGGCAUGAUCCAGGCGUUCACUAUCGAUGCCGAGGACGUGCAUCUGUCGCGUGCGGUUGAGAGGUUAGCCCUACACCCGAGCCGUUCGACAGCAGCGCCUGCGAUCCUGUUUUGGAUCACCGGUUCGUGGUCCGCAUGUCUCGUCCGGCUUCUGGCGACAGUGUCCUUUGGGAUUGUGACCAGGGCAGCCAUCGUGGCAGGGUACACGGGUGCCGGGGUGGUGUCGGUUCUCCUCGGCCUCAGCGAACCGGCUGCGUGGCCGCCGGUUUUCGGUUCUUUGGCGGAGGCCUGGUGUCUCCGUCGCUUUUGGGGAAUCGCGUGGCAUCAGACCUUGCGCCAGCUCUUAUCCGCGAACGCGAACUAUCUCGCUUCCCUGCUGGGCGUCUCUCCAUCUAGCAGACGGGGAUACUUCUUUCGGCUGGCGUUUGCGUUUGCGGUUUCCGGGGCGGUCCACUCUCUCGUUGACAUGGCGUUUGGCGUAUCGCUUGUCAAAUCGGGGGGGAUAUGGUUCUUCGCUCUCCAGGUCCCGGGGUGUGUGCUUGAAAGUGCGGUCCAGUCGAUCGCGUCCCCGCUGGGCAACUGUACACGAUUGUCGACGAAGCGCAAGAUCGGUUAUUGCUGGGUGGUGUUGUUUUUGCUAUGGGCGACUCCGGUUUGGAUUACUCCGAUUCUACUGGCGUUGUAUAAGGACGGACAGCGGAUUCCGUCACCGUUUUUGUGUUUUUCCAGUUGGCCUCUCUAGGAGUCCUGGUAUUUUAUCUGCCAGUAAGCGUGAUCCAAAGUGGUAGUAUGUGCUGUUAUAUGGGAUGACCGGCAGAGUCUGCAGCUCUCCAACAUACUGGGCGGCGUUCACACGACUAGAAAGGAUACUUCCCUUGUCCUUCCUGAGUCUGUUCAGCCAUAGACUGUAUCUAAUAUUCUCUCUAUAACUGGCGGAAACAAGUCAAGUCUUAGAGAGAGAGAGAGAGAGAGAGAGAGAGAGAGAGAGAGAGUCAGACAUGCGUGAAUAGGAUUAUAGGUACUAGGAUUAUU